AUGUUAGAGGAUGCUUUUUUGGAAGAAGACAUCUGGGAAUACAAAUCUAAAAGAAAACCAAAGCCGGUACAUACAAAUAAUUGCUCUGAGAAUACUCCAAAAUCUGUUGAAAAAGCAACAGAUGGAAAAUACCAGUCAAAACGAAACAGAAAUAAAAAAAGAACGGUAGAAGCUAAAGAAAAGACAAAGGACCCCGAAAUUUGCCUUGGAGAAACAGAGAGUCAGACUUCUGUAGCUUCUAGUCAGAAUUCUAGUUGUGAGGAUGGUAUUCAGCAGUCCCAAGAUCAGGAGGCCACUCCAGGAAAGCGCUGUAGGACUCGCAAAAACAAACACGUAUCUCCAAAGAUACGUCCAGUUUAUGAUGGAUACUGUCCAAACUGCCAGAUGCCUUUUUCCUCAUUGCUAGGUCAGACACCUCGAUGGCAUGUUUUCGAGUGUUUGGAUUCGCCACCGGUCUCUGAAACAGAGUGUCCUGAUGGUCUUGUGUGUACCUCAACAAUUCCUUCUCAUUUCAAGAGAUACACUCACCUCCUGCUGGCUCAGAGCAGAGCCAGCAACCAGCCUCUCGGCAGCUCACCACAUGGGCCAGGGGGUCGUUUCGGUGAGACUAAUUCAGGCUUCCUCUGUAGCCUUGAGGAAAGAUGGUCUCUGCAUCAGAAACAGACGGAAAACUUCAAAACCGUUUCAACUACGCCCUCAUCAGUGACACCGUGUCUAAAGAAAUCUCAGUCUCCUGCUCAAACCAAUACCAAGAUAUCUUCUUUGACAAAUCUCCAAACAUCCCAAUCCACCCCACGACUUGCAGGAUGUGUUAAUAAUGACAAACCAGUAGGAGUUGGUUUGCCUCUCGCUGAAGAAUUAGACAGCCAAAACAACUCAGAACGCGCACUCUCGCCACUGCCAGAAAAUGACUUUCGCAGCCACGAAAUCUCUUACUCUCCACUUCAAAGUGAUGAAGAGACUGACGAGAUAGAUGAAAAGCUAGGUGAUUCACAGCAGGAACUGCUGUUUACAGAAAGCUCUAAAGAUGGCAGCCUGGGAGAAGAUGACACCAGCUCUUCUUUGUUUCACCAACUCCGUGGCUCCUCCCUGAGGGACCAGCAGGAGCGCGGCCCCCACGUGCACGGCUUCUUAACUCAGGAUCAACACGAUGAAGUAUUGUAUAAAUACAGCACGCUAACCGGUUCGUCUCGGCCUCUUUUCCAGAAUAAGAGCAUCACUUCACGUGAUGAUGGGGCGCAUACCGGUGAUGAUUUCGUGCCGUUGCCAUCGGCAUUCGCAGAGGGGCUUCCUUCUAGUUAUCAAGCUGUCACAGCAAAACCUGGCAAGCCACAAUGUCGGGCAAAUAAACAGAAACAGGUACUUGAAGAAUCAGCUGUUGGCAAUCAGGUUUCCCUUCCAUCACUUAAUCGUGAAAUGCCGAAAGCUUUUGGAAGCCAGGGAGAAGGGGAUCUUUCUUUCCAUCCAACCCAGGGUAAAAUUAGGAAAGCAUCAAAUAGGAACUUCAGUGCUAAGAACAGUACUAACUCCACAUGUGUCUGCGGAAAGGCAUUAGGUGGUGUACAAGGCAGUAAAGUUACAAUUCCAAAUACAGGGAAAUCUAGUGCGUCUACCGCGGCCGAGUCUCUGAAAAUAUCGCCAUCUGGUCCAAGCUGUCCUGCGACACAGUCUUCUUCCAAGGUAAUGAAACAAACGGAUAUAGGUGUUUAUUUUGGUCUGCCACCCAAAAGAAAAGAAGAGAAAUUGCUGGAAGGAAGUGCAGUAGAAGGGCUGAACUUCAAUCCAGCUGUAAGUCCUAAGGAAAAGAGGUCCCGGCAGCGCAAGAGGAAAGCAGAAAAAUCAUUAAGUGAUUUAGAAUUUGAUGCAAAGAAUUUAAGUGAGACUCAGCCCUCCGUGGAAUUUUCCAGUGAGAGGUCACAGCAUCAAAGAAAGCGACUGAAAAAGUCAGAUUCACUACAGGCAGGAGCACAUCAGAAGAGGUCACAUCGCCUUAUUGAUAGGACAGAAUCCGAAACCCUCAAUUUAAGGAAAGACAAAGUCUUCGUAAAAUCAGCUUGUGGCAGGCUGCAGAGAGGGAAGACAAAAAUCCCAGAGUCAUCUAAUGCAGGACAAUUAAGAAAAAAGACAUGCCCAUUCUAUAAGAAAAUACCUGGGACUGGCUUUACAGUUGAUGCCUUCCAGUACGGACUGGUGGAAGGUUGCACAGCUUAUUUUCUCACACAUUUUCAUUCUGAUCAUUACGCUGGAUUGUCUAAAAACUUCACAUUUCCAGUUUAUUGUAGUGAGAUAACCGGCAAUUUGUUGAAGAGCAAACUUCACAUGCAAGAGCAAUAUGUCCAUCCACUACCAAUGGACACUGAAUGUAUAGUAAAUGGUGUAAAAGUCAUUUUGCUUGAUGCCAACCACUGUCCAGGUGCUGUCAUGAUCCUGUUCUAUCUUCCUAAUGGUAAAGUCCUGUUACACACCGGAGACUUCCGAGCACACCCCACCAUGGAACGUUCUCUUCUCGCAGGCCAGAAAGUCCACACGCUUUACUUAGAUACGACAUACUGCAGCCCAGAAUACUCCUUCCCGUCGCAGCAAGAGGUUAUCCAGUUUGCCAUCAACACUGCCUUUGAGGCAGUAACUCUAAACCCACGUGUUCUUGUUGUCUGUGGCACCUAUUCUAUUGGAAAAGAGAAAGUCUUCCUAGCCAUCGCUGACGUUUUAGGUUCAAAAGUGGGCAUGUCCCAAGAAAAAUAUAAAACCUUACAGUGCCUCAACAUCCCAGAACUUAAUUCCCUCAUCACUACAGAUAUGUGCAAUUCACUGGUUCACCUUCUCCCAAUGAUGCAAAUUAACUUUAAGGCUUUACAGAGUCAUUUGAAGAAGUGCGGUGGAAAAUAUGAUCAGAUUUUGGCUUUUCGACCUACAGGAUGGACACAUUCUAACAAGUUAACUGGUAUAGCAGACAUUAUUCCCCAGACCAAAGGAAACAUUUCAAUAUACGGAAUCCCUUAUAGUGAACACAGCAGCUACCUAGAAAUGAAACGUUUUGUUCAGUGGCUGAAGCCCCAGAAAAUCAUACCUACCGUGAAUGUGGGCACUUUGAAGUCUAGGAGCACAAUGGAGAAAUAUUUUAAAGAGUGGAAAUUGGAAGCUGGAUAUUGA